AUUGGUUAAGUAAAAGAAAACCACCCUUUUCUCGUUUCGUAUUUUCGUCCCAGGCGCCGCCGCCGCCGCCGCCCCCGCGUCAAUCUUCAUUGUUGUCUGUCCAAGCUUCAAGAGCCACCUCAAAUCACACUAGUGCUCAUCCAAUAACGUAUAUUUAGGUAAGAAUUCUUUUUCGGGCCAUAAAAGCCGCAGCAAAUUGAAGAGAGAGAGAGAGGAGAUGGGAAUGUGGUUCAUACUGAAGGAGUCAGUGAAGGAAGCACUGCCGAAAGCUGCAGGAGUAGCGAAAGGCUUUUGCUUCCUCCACGUCACCGGCAGAUACCUGUGCAACAUCGAUUAUCUCACCGGCCCCAGCAUGCUCCCCACCUUCAAUCUCAACCGCGACAACAUCGCUUUGGCUGAGACUAUAUCAACCCGCCUCGGCAAGCUCCGCUCCGGCGACAUCGUCAGCGUCCGGAGCCCCGAAGUGCCCACCAAGAUCGUCAUUAAGAGGAUCAAGGCCGUCGCCGGCGACGUCGUUUCCUAUGCGCCCGAUCCCAAACUCCCUCAUCAUAACAACACUCUUGUUGUACCAAAGGGGCAUGUUUGGGUGGAAGGGGAUAAUCCACACGACAGUAGAGAUUCCAGGCAGUUUGGUGCAGUUCCUUACGCACUUAUAUGCAGCAGACUAUUCCUUGUGUUGUGGCCACCUUCAGAUUGCAGAUUGCUUAGCAACAAGAUUGUAUGACUUUGUCUUGAAAGAUUUUUAAAGACCUGAAUGAAGGAGUAUGAAAUUGCUCUCCUAGUUUGAUAGCUGCAUUGUGCGACCUCUGAUAUUCGUUCUUGUUGAACUGGUAACCGAAGCAUGAUCUUUGAUAGUGAAAGCUUAGGGCUAUUGAAACUAAUGAUGUAAAAACUACUGGUAGUUUGUGCUGUCUACUUGAAUGUGAUUCUUUUUCACUUCAGAGCUAGGCCUCGAAUAAAGGCGCGUGGCAGUUUGUUCCGUGUUAUCAUCUUUGUGUCUUCAUUUCUAGGAUCAUCAAAAUUUACAUGCUGUUGGAGAAGAGAGGAGAAGAGAAGAGGAUGUGUGCUAUUUGGAGCCAUGGAAGGCAGCACUAAUUGAAUGGUCUUUUUCUGUGUACAAAUUGUGUUUGUCCCCUUUGGGAAUUUUGGUGGAAGAGAAAGAAACUGAGGAAACCACCUUUGUGAUUGCAUUUAGUUUGAGAUUUUUAUCUCUUGGAUAUAUAAGUUUUGGGAACAAGAAUAUCUUGUAUCCAUCUGCUUUACAUGGAUUGGAACUUGCAGAUCAAGUCUAUUGAUCAAGGCUAAGUGAAACACAAAUUUUAAUCUCAA